CAUUUGGACAAAUACGAGCGAGUCAGUGAACAAAAUGCGUGAGGGAGCAAAGGUUACUGCCUGCCUACACCGCGAUAGCGACAAUGAAUCCACUUUGAUAACCAGUUGAUAUUUAUCACUCGAUUAGGAAAGUCUUCAAUUAGGAAAUAUGUUGAAGGGUCUGGUCGGGCUGGUGACGGGGGGCGGGUCGGGGCUGGGGCUGGCCACGGCCGAGCUGCUGCUGCAGCAAGGCGGACGCGUGGUCAUCUGCGACCUGCCGACCAGCGGCGGCCGCGACGCCGCCAAGCGGCUGGGCGAGAACGCCGCUUUCGUUCCCGUCGACGUGACCUCAGAGUCUGACGUGAAGACAGCACUGCAGAGCACCAAGGACCGCUUCGGGCGUCUCGACGUGGCUGUCAACUGCGCUGGCGUCGCCAGCGCGCAACGGAUCUACAACUUCAAGAAGGACCAGCCUUUCGAACUCAAAACAUUCCAGAAAACGGUUGAGGUGAAUCUGGUGGGCACGUUCAACGUGAUCCGGCUGGCGGCCGGCAUGAUCGGCAGGAAUGCGCCCGACGCGGACGGUCAGCGCGGGGUCAUCGUCAACACCGCCAGCGUGGCCGCCUUCGACGGACAGAUCGGGCAGGCAGCGUACUCGGCGUCUAAGGCGGGCGUAGUGGGCAUGACGCUGCCCAUUGCCAGAGACCUGGCCUCGCAGGGGAUCCGCGUCGUCACUAUUGCCCCAGGGUUGUUCCGGACUCCGAUGAUGGAGCAGAUGCCGGAGCCGGCGAUCAAAGCGUUGGAGGCGCAGGUCCCGUUUCCGUCGCGCCUGGGCCUGCCCAGCGAGUUCGCGCAGCUCGUUGAAACCAUCAUACGGAACCCCAUGCUCAACGGCGAGACGAUACGCCUCGACGGCUCGAUCCGUAUGCAACCUUAAACUCCCACUUACCAGAAGUCGCCCGGAUAGGUACUGAACAUUGCAGUAUUUCAUAUUUUAGAUGUGAUGGAGUAUACUGGAGCAUACAGGCAUGUUUUAUUCUUCUUAACUGCCGCAUUAGGGUAUAAAUAAAAAUAUUUCUUAUGAAUAAUAUUUUCUUUACCUAUUCAUUUUAAUGGUUCUACUCCAAAUAUGUAUAGGAAUAGUACAUUACUACAGAGGCUGGGAAGUAAGGGGUUGCCGGUUGCCGGCCGAAUGCAUAUAUAAGGCCGAACGUAGUGAGGCCGGAUAGUUAUGAGGCCGACAACCCAUUUCCAAGCCGAUGUUAUGUAUAGUGCUUUUCUCAAACAU